GGGAGGAGAGAGAAGGAGUGUGCGCGCUGCCAGGGUGGCAGGAUUUGUGUUGAAACCUCCGUUCUGUCAGACAUGCGCAAGAGCGUCAGCAGCAGCUCCAAAGCCAUCCCUGCGCCGCGUUUCCGCCUUGGCUGAGCGGCGCGCACAGGCCGAGAGGCAGCGAGACGCAGUGGGGCACACCGCGCGCGCGGACGCCAGGACUCCGGACAGACCUCCCCGUCUCCACCUCCACCGCAGAGCGCGCACCCCGCGCCGCUGCUCUCCAGCAUGGACUCCGCACUACCAAGACGCAACUAAAAUGUGAAGCUCGCCGGGCAAAUCAGAGCAGACCGCGCGGGUGUGUGCGCACGCGCCAGGAAAAGGAGAAAGUGCUUUUGCGGGUGAAUUCAUCCGUGCGUUCUGCGGUGCAAAAAUGAAGAAGUUUAACAUCAGGAAGGUGUUGGACGGGCUGAAGGAGGUGUCGUCUUCCACGCCGUCGGUCCAAGUGGGGCCACAGGAGAACCAUCUGUUCCACGAGACGCUCCAGUCCGACCAUUUCCAGCUCUGCAAGACCGUCCGUCAUGGCUUCCCCUACCAGCCUUCGUCCAUGGCGUUUGACCCUGUGCAGAAGAUUCUGGCCAUCGGCACCCAGAGUGGAGCUCUCCGGCUGUUUGGCCGUCCCGGCGUGGAGUGUUACUGUCAGCACGAGAGCGGCGCCGCCGUCAUUCAGCUACAGUUCCUCAUCAAUGAGGGGGCGCUGGUGAGCGCGUUGGCUGACGACAGCGUCCACCUGUGGAACCUGAGGCAGAAGAGACCAGCUAUCCUCCACUCCCUGAAGUUCAGCAGAGAGAGAAUAACUUUCUGCCACCUGCCCUUCCAGAGUAAAUGGUUGUACAUCGGCACAGAACGAGGGAACGUCCACAUUGUCAACGUGGAGUCCUUCAUGCUCUCAGGCUACGUCAUCAUGUGGAACAAAGCCAUUGAACUGUCUUCAAAAGCUCAUCCUGGACCGGUUGUCCACAUAAGUGAUAACCCUAUGGAUGAGGGGAAGCUUAUAAUUGGAUUUGAGUCUGGGAUCGUGGUCCUUUGGGAUCUGAAAUCAAAGAAGGCAGACUAUCGCUACGCUCACGAUGAGGCGAUCCACUCAGUUGCCUGGCACCAUGAGGGCAAACAGUUCAUCUGCAGCCACUCUGAUGGAACCCUGACCACGUGGAACGUGAGAGGCCAGGGCCGGCCCAUACAGACAAUCACACCGCAUGGAAAACAGCCCAAGGAUGGGAAGAAGCCAGAGCCAUGUAAACCCAUUCUUAAAGUGGAAUAUAAAACGACUAGGACUGGGGAGCCCUUCAUAAUCUUCUCUGGUGGUCUGUCUUAUGAUACUGUUGGCCGACGGCCUUGUCUGACAGUAAUGCACGGGAAGAGCACUGCGGUCCUGGAGAUGGACUACCCCAUAGUAGACUUCCUCACACUAUGUGAGACGCCGUAUCCUAAUGAUUUUCAGGAGCCUUACGCUGUGGUGGUCCUUCUAGAAAAAGAUUUAGUGGUGAUCGACCUUGCACAAAAUGGGUACCCCAUAUUUGAAAACCCAUAUCCGCUGACGAUCCACGAGUCUCCUGUGACGUGCUGCGAGUACUUUGCCGACUGCCCUGUGGACCUCAUACCUGCACUUUACUCUGUCGGCUCGCGACAGAAACGACAGGGAUACAGCAAAAAGGAAUGGCCUGUUAGUGGUGGAAACUGGGGUCAAGGCACACUAAGUUACCCAGAGAUCAUCAUAACCGGGCAUGCUGAUGGAACUGUGAAGUUCUGGGAUGCCUCUGCAAUAAUGCUCCAGGUGCUUUAUAAGCUAAAAACAGCGAAGGUAUUUGACAGGAACCGCUCCAAAGAAGACAAGGGCAGCACCGAGGUGUCAGACGAGGAUCCUUUUGCCAUUCAGAUUAUGGCUUGGUGUCCUGAAAGCCGGAUGCUUUGUGUCGCCGGGGUGUCAGCCAACGUUAUCGUCUACCGCUUCAGCAAGCUGGAAGUAACCACCGAGGUGGUGCAGCUACUAGAGGUGCGAAUGCAGUCUGAGCUGAACGAAACAGACUCUCCAGAUGGCGGCGGCGAGCCAACAUCAGCACAUCAUACCCCUGGUGCCAGCCCUCACACAAGCGGCCCGCCUUCACAGCCUUCCACCAGCAGCAACAACUCUGAUGGAGGCAACAUGCCCUGCCUCAAAGUGCGCAGCACUCCUUUGAAGCAGUCUGCAGGUUACCAGGUAGAUUUGGUGGUCCAGUUAGUGUGGGUGAGUGGAGAGCCUCCUCAACAGAUCACAAGUCUGGCGCUCAAUUCCUCCUACGGCCUAGUGGUGUUUGGCAACAGCAACGGUGUGGCAGUCGUGGAUUACAUCCAAAAGACGGUGGUCCUCAAUUUGGGAACGGUCGAGCUUUACGGCUCCAACGACCCCUACCAGAGACAGCCUCGGUCGCCCAGAAAGUCACGACAGCCUUCAGGAGGUCUAUGCGAUAUCAACGAGGGCUCUGCCACUUCAGAGGAUCGCUGCAAGUCUCCUACUUCAGUGUUGAUGUCAAACACCAAUCUACAUCAGUUCUACAAUGGAGGUGGUAGAGGAGCAAAGAUGUCACGGAAAUUAAGCUUGCCUACUGAGCUAAAGCCAGACUUGGUCCUCCUGUCCGUAUGCCCGCCGCGGGGUGCCAACCCAUUAGACCACCGGGACAACUCCUUCAGCCGCUCGCGCUCCUCCAGCGUCACCAGCAUCGACAAGGAAGCUCGGGAGGCCAUCAGCUUCUUCCACUUCUGCGAGACAUUUGCCCGGAAAGGGGAUUCCACUUUGACCCCCUGUCUGUUUGUGGGCACCUCCCUGGGAACUGUUCUGGUCCUGGUGCUCACAUUACCACCUGCUGGGGAGCAGCGGCAACUGCAACCGGUUAUCAUUUCACCUGUAGGAAUGUUGGUGCGGCUGAAGGGAAGUGUUUUACGGAUGGCUUUCUUGGAUUCCUCUGGCUCUCUGCUGCCCCCUUCCUAUGAUCCUUGGUACGAACCCAACGUUACCACGGAUGGCGAGGAAAAGGUCCCCAAGCGCCGGCCUGUGUCCGUGUCUCCCUCCACCUCCCAGGAACUUAGUGAGAGCCAGUAUACUGUGGUGUGCUCAGAAAAACAGGCCAAAGUCAUUUCCCUGCCCUCCCAGACGUGCAUCUACAAACACAACAUCACAGAGACAUCCUUCAUCUUACGGGCAGAUGUGGUGCAGAUGAGCCAAGGAGUGUGCGUGGCUUGUUUUUGUGCCAACGGCCACAUCAAGACCCUCAGUUUGCCUGGACUGAGACCACUCAUGGAUGUAAACUACCUACCGCUGACAGAUAUGCGAAUAGCCAGAACAUUCUGCUUCACCAACCUGGGCCAGGCCAUGUACCUGUGCUCCCCAACUGAGAUCCAGAGGAUCACCUACAGUCAGGAAACCUGUGAAAACCUGCAGGAGAUGCUGGGUGAACUUUUUACCCCCGUGGAGACACCAGAGGCACCAAAUAGAGGUUUCUUCAAAGGUCUCUUUGGAGGAGGAGCACAAUCGCUGGACAGAGAAGAACUUUUUGGCGAAUUAGCUGCUGGAAAGGCAUCUCGAAGUCUGGCCCAGCACAUCCCUGGCCCAGGUGGCAUCGAGGGCAUGAAGGGGGCUGCCUCGGGGGUGGUUGGAGACCUGGCACGGGCCCGGAUAGCGCUGGAUGAGAGGGGCCAGAAACUGGGGGAACUGGAGGAGAGGACGGCUGCCAUGAUGGCAAGCGCAGACUCUUUUUCCAAACACGCCCAUGAGAUGAUGCUGAAGUGCAAAGAUAAAAAGUGGUACCAGUUCUGAUUAGCGUUGGGGAGUAGUACAAUUCUCUGGACUUCACUAUUUAACUUCCAUUGGCUCAUGUGGACUUGCCGUGAUUCCCAGCCAUCUGUCUGUUCACCCAUCUAUCCCUCCGAGCCUUUUUCACUCAAACACUUGGGAUUUUCUUCCCUAGCACAAUGUUGAAUACUGUUUUUACCUCAGUCUGAGGGUGGAACUGAGGGGUACACAAAGGGUGAAGGAUAACCUCAGACGAAAUGAAUAAAUGGUGUCUUUCCUAUA